UGAGUUUACGAGGUUGCUACUAGAAACCAUUAGUCUCGGCUAGCGUUGUUAAAGAGGAGCGCUUGCUUCACCGCUAGCUCCGCUAGAUCUUGCACAAUCCCAUCGCCGCGGGAACUCCCGCGCACCCCCUUUUGACCACCAACACCAAAUAAAUGUAUGAAUUAUCUUUGACGUAGUAGAUCAAUUGCCCCUUUAAAAAUACGCCUCCAAGGCCCAAGCCCGUGUCCAAGCAAAACACAGCCAGCCCACGGCCGCAGGCAGGUCCAAGCACAACAAAAAACAACCCCACCACCGCAACCCCGCCACUUUAAACGGCCGCGUCUCCAUCCGUCGAUUCUCCUCACCCCCCCUUCUCUCCUCCAAUACAAUAUUCUUCUUUUUCCUUCUCCCCCGGAUUCUGAUACCCCAUCCGAUCAACAACCACAAUGGCCUCCCACGAAGAAGAUACCAUGCCUGAGGAGACUCAGGGCUACAAGCUCUCCCAGCCCAAGCAGUCCCUCGCCCAGUACCAGCAGAUGGAUGCCGGCGACGAGUCCCUCCAGCGCUACAAGCAGUCCCUCGGUCUUGGCGGCGGCAAGGAUAUCUCCGACCCCAACGACCCCCGUGUCUGUAUCAUCCACUCGCUCACCAUGGAGGCUCCUGGCCGCGACCCCGUCACCAUUGAUCUCUCGGUCCCCGGCAGCGAAAAGUCCCUCAAGGAGCACCCGUUCAAGAUCAAGGAGGGUGCCAAGUUCUCCAUGAGCGCCAAGUUCAAGGUCCAGCACGAGAUCCUGAGCGGUCUGCACUACGUCCAGAUUGUCAAGCGCAAGGGUAUCAAGGUUUCUAAGGAUUCAGAGAUGAUUGGAAGCUAUGCCCCCAACACAGAGUCGCAGACUACCUACACCAAGCGCUUCCAGGAGGAAGAGGCUCCCUCGGGUAUGCUCGCCCGCGGUCACUACAACGCCAUUUCGAGCUUCGUGGAUGACGAUAAGAAGAAGCAUCUCGAGUUCGAAUGGAGCUUCGACAUUGCCAAGGAGUGGUAGACGACGGUCCUGGCGAUUACAACGAAUUUCACGACGCAUUACACCCUGAUUAGUUCCCGAGGACUUUUCUGACGGAAUAAAAUAUACGAAAGAGAGACGGAGGCGGAUUUUAUGUAGUUUUUUCGUUCUUUUAGACAAAUGGCACAGUACUUUCCAUCAUCGUUUCAUCUACUACACUGGCCUGACAGGAUAUCAUAUAAUAUUGUACAAAAAAAAGGCAGAGACAAUGUCCCUGAACAAUGCCGCUUAUAAAAAGUAGUCGGGCAGAGCGCUGCCGUCGGCUGUCUUAUCGCCACCCAGCUGCGCAUCUUUAUGCAAAUCGUUCUCCGGUGCCGCUGCAAACACAUUAAAGAACCGUGUGCCGUCGGUAUGCACUUCCAGCACACUCGCCAUGUUGCCGCAUCGGUAGCAGUAAUUCGGGGCGCUCCACACCGUGCUCAGUCUGUCGUCGUACAGAACCUGGUAUCCUUCCUGGCACAGCUGGUGUGCGCGCAGAAUAUGCGACAUGUUGUUGACGGCCAGGAACUUCUUAACGACUUGGGAGCCAAAUGUAUAUCCUGCACCGCGCGGCGAGAGAGAGAAUUCGUCCCGUUCCGGGUCUGGGUCGGACCAUACGAGAUCAGCCAUCGGUCCUUCGUGGGGGAUUUCGCGGAAGCGGUCUAUGAUUUUAAUCUGGUCUAUGGAGUGGAUAGACGGUGAGAGGCCACCGUGCACGCAAAAGAUUUCGUUGUCGAUGACGACGCUGAGUGUCAAGAAGUCGAACAUGUCGGUAAAGUAGUGCCAUACGUUGGCGUUGCCGUAUUUGCGCGAGCACUCGGUGUAGAAGCCGUACGAUUGUGUCACACCACGCGAUUCGUGGUUACCGCGGAUCAAGUGUACUCGUUCGGGGUAUCGCAGUUUCAGACAGACUAGCAACGAGAUUGUCUCGACGCUGAACAUGCCUCUGUCGACGUAGUCGC